AUGUUAGGCAAAGCCAACAAAGCCUAUGUGGCGAACCCGCCUCCCCCCCGAAACCCUCUCUCCAAGCAUCUGAACCAAGCUGGCAUCCCUUCAACAAACCAAACCCCGGGUUCAAGUAACGGCAGUGAUAUCAGGAUGCAGUUCAAGAAGCCAGGGUUCCCGGGCUUCUCUUCCGGGCCGGCGAGGACGGACCAGAGUCUCCAAGCAGAAACCUCGACCCAACCUACACCAAAGCAAGUAACCGGGCGAGGUUCCCUGAUGUCCUUAUAUGGACAUUCCAGCUCGAAUUCCUUCAAGGACGAGUCGAGCCAUGCUUUCGCCAGUGGAAAUGGCACCCAAAAUUCAGUCAGCGAUAUAGUAUGGUUCGAUGAAAACGAUUUCAGCGAUGAUGAUAAUCUCGAUCUCGAUUUUGAAGCCCCAAUCGCUCUCCCCGGCAAACCGGAAGUAUCCAAACCAAAAGAGAACAUUCCUCCUUCGUCACAAUACAUGUCAUGGUCUUCCUCACCACCCUCACAUUGGGAGAAGCCUAGUUUAGCGCGCGCAGAAUCGAGUAUAUCGACCACCACAGGCGGGUCCCUGAAACGUGAGUCGUUCGGAGAGGAUGAUGAUCUGCCUCCGAUCAAGAAAGCCAAAAAGCGCAGCCGACUCCCGUGGAAAGAGGAAGAUGAGGAUGACGAAGCCAACUGGGACACUACCCCGAACGUGGCCAAAACACCAGCUCACCAAAGCUCAAAGGGCUUCUGGGAUCCUUCGGCAAGUGCUACUAAAGAAAAAAAGCGAUUGCUGAAGAAUCAACACCAAACUUCCAAAACAGAAACAAAGGAUGAACUGUCUCCGGAUGGCGCCCAGAUAGUUGCCGAAGUUUCCAGGCCCAAGAACGAUGCGUUUGCCCUCUCAAAGGAACAAGAACGCAUCUUGGAUUUGGUGGUAAACAAGGGCAAAAGUCUCUUCUUCACGGGACCGGCCGGAACAGGAAAGUCAGUAUUGAUGCGAGCAAUCAUCAAGGAGUUGAAGGCAAAAUAUGCCAGGGACCCGGAGCGUGUUGCUGUGACAGCACCCACUGGACUUGCUGCCUGUAAUAUUGGUGGUAUCACACUCCACAGCUUUUCAGGUAUUGGACUUGGAAAAGAGGAUGCUGCCACAUUGACGAAGAAGAUCAGGCGGAACCCAAAGGCCAAGAAUCGCUGGCUGAAAGCCAAAUGCUUGAUCAUCGACGAAAUAUCCAUGGUGGAUGCAGAGCUGUUUGACAAACUCUCCCAGAUUGGACGUGUCAUCCGAAACAACGGGCGCCCCUGGGGAGGCAUCCAGCUUAUCAUAACGGGCGACUUUUUCCAGCUUCCGCCAGUUCCUGAUGGUGAUGCGAAGCGGGAGGUUAAGUUCGCAUUCGAAGCGUCGACGUGGAAUACGACAAUUGAUCAUACUAUUGGCCUCACAGAAGUUUUCCGUCAGCGGGAUCCGGUGUUCGCAAAGAUGCUCAACGAAAUGCGACUUGGAGAAAUUAGUCCAGCAUCAGAAAGGGCGUUCAAGGCGCUGGCGCGACCUCUUAAAUUCAACGAUGGUGUCGACAUGGCAGAGCUUUACCCAACCCGGGCCCAGGUCGAGAACUCCAAUGCCUCUCGUCUUCAAAGCCUUCCUGGUGUCGUUCAAAGGUAUCCUGCAUAUGAUUCAGGGGAACCAGCGAUUCGUGACAAGCUCUUGGCAAAUAUGAUGGCACCUAAGAGUAUCGAUCUGAAGGUCAAUGCCCAAGUAAUGCUUAUCAAAAACUUGGACGAAAAUUUGGUGAAUGGAUCUCUUGGCAAGGUAAUUGCAUUCUCAGAUGAGAGAACCUUCGACAUGACCAGCGCUGAAAGCUACGAUGACGAAAUGAGCGAUGCAAUGGACAAAGCCCGAAAGAAGCUGAAAGGGUACAGCCGAGAUGCGGAUACCGACUCUGUUUCUGGGCAAAAGUUCCCAGUGGUUCAGUUUACCGCUACUGACGGUACGAGCCGAAUCAUCUUGUGCCAACCAGAAGAAUGGAAGGUAGAGCUUCCCAACGGCGAGGUACAGGCAAAGCGCAUGCAGCUCCCAUUAAUCUUGGCCUGGGCGCUCUCCAUCCACAAGGCUCAGGGCCAGACAUUGGAGAGAGUGACAGUUAACCUAGGCAAGAUUUUCGAGAGAGGCCAAGCCUACGUUGCCUUGAGUCGAGCAACCAGCCAGGCAGGGCUCCAAGUGCUCAAUUUCAACAAGGCCAAAGUCAUGGCUCACCCUCGAGUAUGCCAGUUCUACAGACAGCUUUACAGUGUAGAUGAUGCACAUGCGAGAAAGGUGUCUUCAAUCACUGAUGUAACGGCGAGUCAAAAGGGCCCUACGCUAAUACCUAAGAAACCAGCGCCUACUGUCGUCAGCUUGUUAGAUGAUUAA